AUGACGUUGACUUUAUAUACUGCUCCAACUGGAAAUGGCCGUAAGCCUUUGUUAUUUAUCAAGUUAUUGGAUAUUCCUCAUGAAAUUCAUAUGUUCAAAUGGCCUGCUGGUGAUCAAUUGAAACAAGAUUGGUAUUUGAAAUUGAACCCACAUGGGGUGAUUCCAACUUUGGUUGAUGGUGAUUUGGUUCUUUGCGAAAGUAAUGCCAUUUUACAAUACCUUGCUGAGACUUAUGAUAAAGAUGGGAAAUUUAGUUACAAAUUGGCUACUAAUCCAAUUGAAUAUUGGCAACAACUGAAAUGGAUGUUUUAUCAAGCUACUCAAUUUGCUGGUACUUUGAAAUCAUUCAAUGUUUAUAUUAAGGUUGAGGGAAAUGAUAAGAAUGUAUUCAAUUCCUAUUUGGAUGAAUUUGAAAGAACUUACAAGGUUAUGGAUGAUCAAUUGAAAGAGAACACAUGGUUUGUUGGUGAUAAAUUCACUUUUGUUGAUUUGGCGUUUGCUGUGGGUCAUCAUAGAAGAAAUGAAGUUUGUAAACUUAUUGGUGAUGAUGUUUCAUUCAAGGGUUAUGAUACCAAAUUCCCACAUGUUGAAGAAUGGUACAAUAGAGUAUUAGCUAUCCCAGGUGUUAAAGAAAGGUUUGAAUUAAAGUAG